CGCGACGGACGUCCGCCGUCCCGGCGCUGGCGUCGUGCAUGAUGUCUGCUGUUCGAUUUUUCGACGACGACCGUCGUUCUUUUCCACCAGUGCGUAAUCCGGUCAAAACUAAAAGCAUGCCCCUCUGAAACGAAGAAAUCAUGGUCGGUAUGGCAAAUAUGGACGAGCACGAGCGAAAAGUAGUGAUGGAGUUUUGUCAUCUAUUGGAAAAGUCCAAACAACUGUUCAACGGGUUACGGGAUUUGCCACAAUACGGCCACAAACAAUGGCAAGCUUAUUUCGGACGAACUUUCGACAUCUACACAAAAUUAUGGAAAUUUCAACAGCAGCACCGUCAAAUUUUAGAUACAAAGUAUGGGCUUAAACGAUGGCAAAUCGGAGAGAUUGCAUCUAAAAUUGGACAACUUUAUUACCACUAUUAUUUGAGGACCAGCGAGACUAAUUAUUUGAACGAAGCUUACUCAUUCUAUGCUGCUAUCAGAGGACGUGCUUACUACUCAAGAGCCGCAAAAGAAGACAGGUCAGAAUUAAUGGUGAAGAAAUUGAGAUAUUACGCACGUUUUAUCGUAGUUUGCCUUUUAUUACGUCGAAUGAAACUAGUGAGAGAACUUAUAGUAGAAUUAGAUCGACACAUUGCAGAUUACACGAGUACCUACGAACCUGACGAUCAGAUUGAAUGGAGUUUGGUUUUAGAUGAAAUAAAAAAUUUCAUCACCGCUGAUUCGAUAGUCACUGUCUUGCAUGCAGACACAAAUCCCAUCGUUUUAUCCCAUCGAUUAAGCCCUCUGACAACCCCUCCGGUGGAAAAAUCCCAAUACAUGAACCUAACCCUUCAAGAAAUCCUCAUCGUAGGCAGCGCCUCUGAACAAGUCAAGUUUUCCGAAUUAACCAUGGACAUGUUCCGUAUGAUUCAAACCCUUGAACGCGAACCUCAGGAAGAUUACAAUCACAUCUACGACGCGUCUCCAGCUCCAGGUCGUGUCCCUUAUGGCGUUCCCGGCCAAAAGGGCUACAUUGAGAACGGCGAAAGACCUCUACGACGCGAAAAUCCACACAAGUACCUUCUGUACAAACCGACACUUAGCCAAGUUCUUGUGUUUUUGGCUAGCGGCUUCAAGGAGUUGCCAGCAAAUGGAGCACUGUUGUUGUAUUUGUCGUCCGAUGGGUGUUUUUCCACCACCAAGCAUCCGGAGGAUAUGGGUUAUGAUCUUGGGGGCGUUUUGACGAGCAGUCGGAGAGAUGGAGAGCACAAGAAACAGAAGGAAGCUCACUGCCUUUAUCCUGGUGAUUUGUAUCCGUUCACCAGGCGACCGCUGUUUGUUGUCGUUGAUUCGGACAAUAGUUUUGUUUUUCAACACAUUCCGAGGUAUUUUGGACAGCCGCUGGUUACGCUAAUGUCGCCGCAAGACACACCACCGGCCUUCCAAGAUCAACAACACAACGGUUCUUUAUUCACUCUGUUCCUGCACUCGCCUCUGACCGCAUUCUGUUACUGUUGCAACUUGACAAGCAUUCCGAUCCACCACUGGGAGCGUUGUCAGAGUUUCGUCGAUCGCUUCGUCACCGAAGCCUCCCGCCUUUUCACACGUUCAAGAGUCGGUGAGUAUGACGAAGAAUUCCUUGUAGAUUCGUCAUAUCUUCAAUUCUUCGGUGACGAUUUCCUGCGCCUCCUCCUCCUCCGUUACGUAUUCUGUGACGUGGUGCUGCACCUCCACCGUGCGUUUCGCAGCCGACAGUAUCGCCCCCGUUGCCAGCCACCGCUCCCAGAAGCCGAACUCCUAGAGCACCCCUCCCUCCAGCACCUGGUGCUCGAUCUGGCUGCACAUCUCGAAGUGCGCACCCAUUUUAUGGACAACCACGAAAUCGACUGAUCCAGGGCUUCCUCCUCAUGGCCGUGCGUGGGGUUUAGUGCCACUUCGAGGAGGCACACCCAUGAGGAUGGGCCCCGUGGCCCCCUUCUUCUGCUGAUCGCCUUCGCAGCCGUGUUUUUGGUCACAAACGCGCACUUCUCCUCGUGGAUGAUGGAAGCUUUACCAUUUUUUUGGACUCUUUUCGAAUUCGCGACAUGUAAUUUUCGGCCAGUUUUGGCGACGGCUCUGUGGCUGAAAUUGUCGUAUUUUUGGACACCUUCUUCAACGUUCAAGUUUAGUUCAUCGGUGAUAAUAUAGCUCAAAGUCGAGCACAGCGUCUUUCAAUAUAUCCGUUCACUAGGCGGGCCCUUCGGUACGAGGCUCGACGGUUGGACCUUCAACUGCGUUUUAACAUUGCCACUUUUACCCAACUUAUAAUAUUGUAUAAAAUUAGUCCUCUAUUGAAGCCGUGACCAACAGUGAUUAAUACGCCUUUCGUGCCGUGUACGAUACGCAUUACUUAUUAUAACUAAAUUUUAAUUACUAUUGAAUGCAUGACUAGAUCCUUAGAACAGGUACCGAUCAUCACAUAGUCAAUUCUUUCACACACAAAAAUUGUACCACCAGUACGGACCUGAACAACUCACUUUUUCUCAUCCAAAACAAGACAAAACCACCAAUAUAAAAAAUUUACGUUACAAAAUACCAAAAUUUCGUUAACACAGUUUAGAGAAAUAUAAAAUUUAGAAAAAAAAUCCUAAAGAGACAAAAAGCGACGUCGAUAAUAUAAUUUUACUUGAAUUAAAUCACCAAUUUUGACUUUUUGCACAUUUAUAAGUUAAAAAACCUAAUUUUCUUGUAUAGUUUUACUCCAACAGACUGAAAAAUAACCAGAAAAAUACGACAUUAAAAAUUAUAUAAGGUGAGUCUAAUUGUGGCCCUCCUUCGUCGUACUCCAAAACCAUUUGUGCCACAAUAGAAUGUCUUAUAAAACUCGUAUAAUGGUAUACUAUUUGCUGUAUUUUAAAAACUAAUAAUUACACAAAAAUCGGCGUUUGCUAUUUAAUGCAUCUAAUUUCUUUCAGAAUUUUUCUACAAUUUCUUAUGAGUUAAUUGUAGGAUUUUCUAUAUUAAUUGAUUAAUAAAUUAAUUUUAAUUAUAAGGAAUGGUAAAAAAAUUCUAAACAUAUUAGCAUUCUAAACGGCAUUAGUUUUGCAUUUUUUUUUAAUUUUUCAGCUCAAUUUUUCUUGAGUAAGAAUUUUGCUUUUGUAUAAUAUUUCUGGAAAAAGUAGCAAAUUAGAUCGGAAUUAACCCACCUAUUUCAUUAAAUUUAGCCCAUUUUUAAGUAAAAAACAUAUUUUGUGCUAAAUUGUUCUAAAAUGGUCGUUUAUAAUAGGUUCAAAAUUAUAAUAAACCACCUUUUUUGACAAUAUUUUGCCAUUUUGUGGGAUUUAACUUGUUUUUAAACAAAUUUCUAAAAUUCAGUCACUUUUGAACGAAAAAUUGCAUUAAAAUAAGCCGCACAACCUAUACCUAAUUAAAAAUCUGAUCAUUUUGAGCGAAAAAUUUACUAAUUUAUGUAAAAAGACUAAAAAAUGUAAUGGGGGUAGUUGAAACAAAAAAUAUUAUUUCUGGAAAAUUACCAGUGUAUUAGAAACUGGUCCAAACAUUGUCGUACUGGUGGAACUUGUAUUUUUUACUUUAAGGAACCUUAAUCUCCCAUAUGUGAUUUUUUCAGUUACUAGUGUCAAAAUAAAAUUUUAAAAUUGUCUAGAGGCUGUCUCAGCAAAGAUUUUCUCUGGCCGGAAAAGUAUUUGCCGAGACAGCUUGUACGUAAAUAGUUCGAAUGAAUGACUUAUAUAAAAGAUAAAAAAAGUUGUUUUGUUCCCAUUUCGGAUGGUUCGUACCAACUAAAUAAUUCUAAAUUUCCUUAAUUUGAUAAUUAUAAGGCAAAAAGAACGUAUUGCCGUCCUAAAUACGAAUCAAACUAUAAACCACACUAAUUGGUAGCGCCGGUACAAGCCAUUCGUUUUUGUUUCGUGUUUAAAUAAUUGUAAAUAACUUACUGGUUACCUAUUAUACUAAAAAAAUACCUAUAUCAUAUUAUGCAAUUUGCUUGAAAUGUAAAAAUUUUAUUAGAAUGGUUAGUAAUCCACUUGCAUGGUUUUUAGGAACAAAAUUCUUCUCAACAACAUAUUCUAGAAAUCAUGCAAGUCGUUUGAUUUAAAAAGCACAAAACGUGUUGUGCAAACGUUCACAAUUCAAAAAAGUGAAUUUGUAUUUAAAAAACUACUAUUAGAUAGUUUUGCUAAUCCAUAUCAUAAUUACUACAUUGUUUUAUUAUAAAUAUAAAUGAGAUUUCACACAAAUAUAGAAGCUGAAAGCUUGACGUAGAUAAGACUUCGAUUCGAUUUUCAUUCGAUUUUUGUGCCGCCAUGGGCACAAGUCUUGGUUAAACCAACGAGCUCACAAAAAUUAUGUUACUCGAGUAAAGUUUUCUCGAUUUUGUUACAGUCGGAACAGGAAAGCUAAAAUUUGUGGCCUCGUUGCCCAUUUGAUGUUUUUGACCUUAAUUUAGUCGAUUCAACUUGAAUAAAUGUCUUGUGUUCUAUGUUGCAUUGUUUUAUGUACCAAGUUAACUUGUAAUACAUUAUAAAUACACAUUAUCGAUUCAAUUACAAUAUUACAAGUUUCACAAA